AUUACUCUGCCUCGGCGUUUAAUGGAAUUCUUUACAAUCGCUGAAUGGACAACAAAAAUCGGGUCCUCCAAAUAGGAUAAGAUUCGCAGUCCUUCAGUUCUGUUGCGCAAGUGAUUUUUUCGGAAAACUUUAAUCGAUCUAUCGCCCCGCGAAGGUGACUGGAAAGUUUUGCAACAUUGAUUGGUGAUUCUUUUUUUUUAAGAUUUGCUUCGUCAGCAAAAAUGGUUUUGUGAAUUCACUAAAAGUGGCAUGUCUUGCAUUCGAGGUCGUCACUUAGGACGAAAGAUUAAUCAGACUCGAAAGUGAAAGUUCAAUUGCGGUAAUAAUUUAAGCCCUCGGCCUACUCCGACUAGGAGCAAUUGGAUCAUGGCCAGCUGGAAUUAUCUGAUUAUCCUGUUGCUGUUGGCAACCGGACAACAGCAGCUCGAGGGCGCUCAUUUGACCGGAACAUUUCCGGUGGAUCGAUUCUUCCGGUUUCUGAUCAAAUUCGGCUUCCAAAAGACCGAGAAGCAUUCGCAGAAAAAUACCGAAUCGGACACGUUUGGGUACAUCUAUGGGAACAUCACAUCCCGGACAAAUUUUACCCAGCCAAUCACGCUGGCCGUUCUGGACAAGCACAACUUCCUAGAGUACUAUGGGAACCGGAACAACUACAAUCGAGAUUUGGCCUGCCAGCGAAUGUUCGAUAAGCUGGAUAAGGUUUCGUACAGCAGCGGAUGCAAUCGGGGAGCGGAGGCCGAUUACCUGCGCAGAGUUCCCUGCGAAAAGGACAAGCUCUGCGUGGAUGAAGACAGCCCCGGAAAUGUGGUGGCCGGCAGUCAGUUCACCUAUGUGAUCAGUGAUCCCAAUGUGCCAAGAUUCUGGUACGUGUCCCUGGUGUCCUGUUAUCAAAAUGUUACGACCUGCCAGUGGCACUACUACGACUACCAGAAGUAUCACGCGGAACCACCGGAACUGGACUUCGACAUCCAGCUCGUCAAUGGGAACCCGAAUCGGCAGAGCGUAUCGUUCUUCAAUCCGCUGCUGUUUCACUUUUCCUUCGAUCGGCAGAACACGCUGGAGAUGUAUCUGAUAUUCUUCGUGGUCUAUCUGGUGAUGGUGCCGCUGCAAGUGUACGCGGUCCGACUGCAAAAACAUCCGGUAACGCGACUGUUCACCGUCAGUUUGCUGCUGGAGUUCAUAAGCGUGUGCCUGUUGCUGACGCACACAGUUCGAUACGCGAUCAAUGGGGUCGGCAACGAGCGGUUGGCGAUCACUGGCGAUAUUUUCGACAUCUUCAGUAGAACAUCGUUCAUGUUGAUACUUUUGCUAUUGGCGAAAGGAUGGGCAGUGACCCGGCUACAAAUAUCCGUCAGCAGUUGGAUCUUGCUGAUGGUGAUAUGGGUACCAUAUUGUGCAAUCCACGUGUUGCUGUACAUUUGGAACAGAACUGAGGUUGAUAUCAUCUCGGAUAUCGAUGAAUAUCAGACGUGGCCCGGGUGGCUUGUUUUGGCGUGCAGGUCCACGAUGAUGUUGUGGUUCCUGUGGGAGCUCCGGACGACCAUGAAGUAUGAACACUCGACCCAAAAGCUGGACUUUCUGUUGCAUUUCGGUGCCUCCAGUUUGGUGUGGUUCAUCUAUCUCCCGAUUGUUGCCAUUAUUGCGGUCAACGUGAAUCCACUGUGGCGAUACAAGCUGUUGCUGGGUAUCACGAAUUCCGCUGACUGUCUUGCCUACUGCGUAAUGAUGGGUCUCCUGUGGCCAAACCGAGCCGGACAGUACCUGUUAUUGACGGGGUCCAACUAUUCCGGCAUGGACGAGCUGGACGAGUUCAACGAGGCUCCCCACAUUGCCCACCGGGAUUCGGGGAUGCUGAGGCACGAUGACGACGAUGACGAUGAUGAGUUGGGCCAUAGUCGUUAUGCGGAUCACCCUGAGGAUGACGACGACAACGACGCUCAAGAUGAAAUCGAAACGUUAGUCCUCAGUACCGAUGAUUUGUUGGGAAACGGUAACGGAAUAGGGGACCAUCAUCAUCAUCCGCCGAGUGGGAAUGGCACCGUGGUGAGUAGUGGUGGCAGCAAACCCUUGGUCCUCAACGGCCGGAGUCGGAACCACCUCUAGGCGGCAGCUGCGACGGCUGUUUUGUAAGUACAUAAUAUAAGAAUUAAAAAAAAGUAUUUUUACCAAAACAUGGAACGACGAAUUUUGUAAAUAGUAGGUGCAUGAAUUUUAUACGAAUCUUUUUUGCAACUGAUAAAUCUAAGAGCGAAUAUCGAAGUUUAUAUCUUUCCCGCGAGAAAAUCGGUUUAGACAGCAUUAAAUCCGAACGUAAAUGAAAUUUUAUAAAAGAUGGUGGUGUUAAAACAACAUGUGCCAUACAAACGGAAAUGUAGCAGCAAUUGUUUCUUCUCUAGCACGUAGGAGGUUUAAAUUAGAGGACACAUUCCGACUCCGGCUAGUAAGUAGGACGGGUAGUAGAAGUCGUUGGCUUGUUUUCGAUGUGGAAGGAAAUAUGUUCAAUAUUCCGUUUGGAACAGUCUACUCAUUAACAUCUUCCAGUAGUUAAGAACAGUGCUAUGUGAUAUAGGAAAAAAAUUGUAUUUUUAAGAAGUUUCAUAGACUAAAACCUAAUUCCUAAGGCUUCGUAUUGAGGAUGG